CAAGGAGCAAGGAGAGAGACGAGACAGUCGAAUCGAAUCGAACAACGCAUCAGCCUACUCCUGCUGUGGAUGGAGGCAAGCGCACGCCUUGCCUAGUCGGAUGAUCGAUCCAUGGACUGGUGGAUACCUUGAUGCGCCCAUUGAAUUCCCUUGCCAACUACCAGCUGCGUCAUCUGCGACCUCAUCAAUUUACGACGCUCGCCUUCAAUUCCCAUGGCGCCAGUCUGGUAGCUUCUGCUCCCGCUAUUUAUACCCACACGCUGCUCAGCUAAUCUUCACCACUCCACACCAGUAGCAGGCAGAGGAGGAGGAGGCGAAGCAGCAGCCGCAGCCAUGGAGGCGAAGAAGACGGCGAGGGCUGUCCUUGCGAGCUUCGUGCUCGCUGCGUUGGCCGCUCAGGCCUUGGUCGCCGUGGUCGAGUCCAGGAGCAACCCCAUGGAGAAGGCGAGCCAAGGUGACGUGAAGAAGCCAGACUGCGUGCCGGCAAUGGACCCGCGCACGUUCCCCGGGAUCGGCGGCGGGCACGGGGGCAUCACGCCCGUGCCGUCGCACGGAGGCUCCAGUGGGACGACUCCGUCCCACGGCGGCUCCAGUGGGACGUCCCCAUCCCACGGCGGCGGUUACGGGACGCCGUCGCACGGGGGUUCUGGAGCGCUGCCUUCCCCGUCCCACGGCGGGUACGGGACGACACCGGCGGCGCCGUCCACUGGCGGGGUUUCCCCUUCGCCGUCCCAUGGGGGCGCCUACGGGAGUUCCCCCUCGCCGCCCAAUGGAGGCGCCUACGGGAGCUCCCCGACACCGUCUCACGGGGCCUACGGCGGGACGCCACCGGCGUACGGUGACUCUCCGGCGACACCGUCGCACGGAGGCUUCGGAACCUCCACGCCGACGCCGUUCAUCCCCGUCGACCCCCACAGCCCCGGCGUCCUCCCGGGGACAUGCGAUUACUGGAGGUCGCACCCGAUGGAGAUCUGGUCCGCGAUCGGCGGCCGGUGGCCGAGCAGUAUGGGCCACUUCUUCGGCACGGCGGGCAGCGCUGCGGCCGGCGGAACGGACGUGAGCAUCCAGGACGCGCUGGCGAACACGAGGACCGACGGCGCGGGCGCGCUGCUGCGCGAGGGCGCCGCGGCGCUGCUGAACUCGAUGACACUCGCGGGGUUCCCCUACACAACGGAGCAGGUGCGGGACGCGUUCGCGGCCGCGGCGGCGGGCGGCUCGGACGGCGCCGCGGCGGCGCAGGCUGCGGCGUUCAAGAAGGCCAACGAAGGGAGGGCGUAGAUCUUAGAGAGAGCGUGGCAGCUGCACUCAUGCAUGAUCCAUCUGCGAUUACGUUUGGAGUAUUUGUUGGUUUGAUGGUUACUUUAUUUUUUGUGUUUUUGUGUGAACAUCUGUGGUGUAAUCACUCAUGUUUUGCUGUGUUUUCGUAUGGAUCGAUCGCAAUGAACGAAUGAAGCAAGCUGUCCUAGUCGGAUUCGAAUCCUGAUAACAACCAGUUUUUGCA